AGUGGGUUCACACUGCACCAGCGUGACAGUUCCGGUUCCACCUCGCCUCAGCAACAGCACUUACAGCUAACGUUACAGCGACGGCGGGAAGUUGUUAUCAUCAAUUUAACUACAAAUCAGCAACAAGUAAACGGGCGGAAUUGUUGACGAUCGACAUUUCACUAUGUUAUAUUGAUGGAUCUGUAAUCUGAAAUACGCUAAUUGAACACAAACCUGAGCGGCGUGGGAUUUAGCUAAUAUGGCUAACGUCGGAAACCAGCUACCAACACAGGCCGUUAGCAAGCCUGCACCGGGAAAACAUGGAAAUGUAUUGCCCCUGUGGGGCAACGAAAAGACUAUGAACCUCAACCCAAUGAUUCUUACAAAUGUGCUGUCUUCGCCGUAUUUCAAAGUUCAGCUUUAUGAACUGAAGACCUACCAUGAAGUUGUGGACGAAAUAUACUUCAAGGUCACUCACGCUGAACCUUGGGAAAAGGGAAGCAGAAAGACCGCAGGCCAGACUGGAAUGUGCGGAGGGGUGCGUGGAGUUGGGACUGGUGGUAUAGUGUCUACUGCUUUCUGUCUUCUAUACAAAUUGUUUACUCUCAAGCUGACUCGCAAACAGCUGAUGGGUCUGAUCACUCACACAGACUCUCCAUACAUCAGAGCACUUGGCUUCAUGUACAUAAGAUACACUCAGCCCCCAGCAGAUUUGGUAGAUUGGUACGACGGCUUCCUGGAUGAUGAGGAGGAGCUCGACGUCAAAGCAGGAGGAGGCUGUGUGAUGACCGUUGGAGAGAUGCUGCGCUCCUUCUUGACCAAACUGGAGUGGUUCUCCACUCUGUUUCCCCGUAUCCCAGUACCUGUGCAGAAGAAUAUUGACACACAGAUGAAGGCUAGGCCUCGUAAAGUUCCUCAGAAAGAGGUGCAGGAGGAGGAAACCGAAGUGGUAGAGGCAGGGAGGCAAGGGGAACAACAACAACAACAACAACGCAGCUCCAGGACACCCAGACGGACACCGAGCCCCCGAAGGUCACCCAAACGGUCAAGGAGCAGGAGCCAUCACCGCGAGAAAGAACGGCACGGCCCCAGCUUUGACCGAGAGCUGGAGAGGGAGCGCGACCGCCAGAAGAAGGAAAGGGAUGUCAGGGUUGGGGACAGGGACAGAGGGGACAGGGAGAAACGACGGUCCCGCAGUGCAGACAGGAACCAAGACAGGCGGGAACGUAGAAGAAGUUGCAGUGGCAGUCGGGACCGAAGGAACGAACGUAGAGACAAAGAAAGAGACGGCGGGGAGGACAAGAGCAGGAGGAAAGAUAGGGAACACCAUAAAGACAGAGGCGCCGAGAUGGAGAGGUCCAAGGAUAAAAAGAGCAGGGGAGAGACCGAUGACAGGAAACAUAAAGACGGCAGGGAGAGACACAGAGAAGUGAGGAAGGCCAAAAGGCAGAGCCGAAGUCGUAGCAGGGAGAAGAAGCACAAAAGUGGGGGGGAGGAGAAGAGUAGGAAAAGAGAGCGCAGCCACAGCAGGGAGAGAGACAGGGAGAGAGACGGAGAACAGCGUUCCCACAAAGGUAGUGGUAGCAAAGAGAGGAGCCAUCAUCAGCGAGAGUCCAGUAAUGAUCAUAGUAAACAUAGUGAACGCAGAAGGAGUCAGAGCACUGAGUAAAUGUCGCCUCCCAGCAAUAUUACUACUUCUACUCCUGUGUUUGUCUUCCUUUUUUUCUACUCGGUUGUCACCUGUCACUUGUGCUAAAGAGGUGGAAUGUCAGCACAUUUGAACAUCUGGAGUUAUUGUCUUUGGCCAAUGUAAUGUUGCUUUACUUUUAUGUUUUUCCUGCCUUUUUCACUCCCCAUUAGACCAUUGUUAGUCUUCACUUGAAAUUUGUAAAGUGGCAAAAAUGGCAUUUUAAUUUUCUAUGGUGCAUCCGAUUGCCUCGUAAAGAUGUGGGUUUGUACAUAGGCUGUCUACACACGAUAAACGGUCCGAGUUGCAUUGCUUGCUGGGUCGGGUUCCGUCGGUGCUGAAAGCUCAGCUCAACACUGUCGUCCUAUAAUUUAUGCAAUGUAUAAAGAAUAACUGUUUAUUUUCAGGCGGUAAAAAAAGCCAAAACACAUAUUUUUAAAUUUGAUAAAUAUUACACUGCAUAUGUCUGGGAUUUCUUCUUAUUUAAGCGUCUUGGUCAGCUGUAUUCUGAUUUAACAUGCUUUGAAGGGUCACAAGUGAAGGGUUGAGGUACAAAGCUUAGCAGCGAUGUGGAUCAACAAUAGCUCGCACAAAGCGAUUCUUUCCAUGGUUGUGUGUAGACAGCCCGAGACUGUUUUAAUCCUCUAAAGGGCAGUUUGCAAGGGGUCAUUUUUACCACACACACUGAGCCCUACCUGUGCUGUGUUUGGGUUAUUGCUCUGUUGCAUUUUGUUUUCUAAUAAAAACACUUUUACAAA